CCCAGCAGAAGGGGCACACUAUAGGCUAAUCAGUUGGUAGUUUCAAUCCAUCCUCAGCAUCCUCCUCCUCCUCCCAGAAGAGGAAGACCGUCAGCUGGUGUGUGCGAGGUGUUUUUGUCAGCUACCAUGGUGGAAAUUAUGGAUAUCGCGUGCCUUCUCGUCCCGCUGGUGAUGCUCGCGGGGUCUACCUUUCAGACCGAUGUGAAGAGCGCCAAAGAAGCGGAAAAAGCUGGGAAUUUCAUGGAAGACGAGCAGUGGCUGUCCACCAUUUCACAGUACAGCCGCAAGAUAAAGCAUUGGAAUCGCUUCAGAGACGAGGUAGAGGUCAGUUCUCUCCGGUUGCUCUACAACGCUCCUCCGGCUGCCUUUGAUGAUUAUGUGCGUACCUGGGAUGAAAAUCAAGGCUCUAAUGAAAAUGUAGACACCACCAAGGACCCUUGUCAAAAGGUCAAAUGCAGCCGGCACAAGGUGUGUAUUGCCCAGGGCUACCAGAGAGCUGUGUGCAUCAACCGCAAGAAACUUGAACACAGACUGAAGCAACCUGCUCUCAGGUCUCCUGAUGGAAACUGUAAACCUUGUCCCAUCUCCUCCACCGGCCCUGUGUGUGGAUCAGAUGGACACAACUAUGCCUCAAAGUGCAAACUGGAGCAGCAGGCAUGUCUUACAGGGAAGGAUAUAACCCUGAAGUGUUCAGAUCUGUGUCCUUGUCCAGCUGCUACACCUACAUCCAAGGAAAGUAAACAUGAGAGCUGUACCGGACAGGAUCUGGCUGAUCUCGGGGAGCGUCUGAGGGACUGGUUCCAGCUACUGCAGAGCAAUGCCAAGCAGAAUAACAACAGCAAGCCUGGAGCCAGAACAACUGCAGCCAGCACUGCAUCAGUGCUGGACAGAAGCCUGGUGGCCAGCUGUAAGGACUCCAUAGGCUGGAUGUUUUCCAAGUUAGACACCAACAGUGACCUGUACCUGGACCAGGCUGAGCUAGCUGCCAUCAACUUGGACAAGUAUGAAGUCUGUAUCCGACCCUUCUUCAACUCCUGUGACUCCUACAGGGACGGCAAGGUCUCCACUGCAGAGUGGUGCCUCUGCUUUUGGAGAGAGAAGCCGCCAUGCCUGGCUGAACUUGAGAGAAUCCAAGUACUGGAUGGCGGCAAAAGAAAGUUUGGUCAAUUCAUCCCUAGCUGCGAUGAAGACGGCUACUACAGGAAGCAGCAGUGUGACAGGGGAGAGUGUUGGUGUGUUGAUCAAAAUGGUGGGGAAGUAGCUGCAUCUAGAAUCCGCGGCAAGCCAGAUUGUGAUGAUGAAAUAGCAUAUUCAGGUGAUUUUGGCAGCGGGGUUGGAUGGGAAGAUGAGGAAGAGAAAGAAGAUGAGGAGGCUGCAGAGGAGGCUGAAGAGGAAGAAGGAGAGGUGGGAGAGGUGGAUGAUGGGGGAUAUAUUUGGUAAAGGGCCAAUGUAUAGUCCACCCUCUCUACUUGAGCAUCUUGAUGUUCCAAACACAAACACACACACACACACCUAUAAAUCCUGCAAAAAGAUGGGUGUGAUGAAACUCUCACAUUCAGAACAACACUGGCUUAUAAAAAAGCGAGGGAGAAGGAUGAUGAAAAUGUCCUGGGAGUAUUUAAUGUUAGAGGAUGUUCUUAAAAUAGGCAAGGGAGGGGUAAAUAUCAUUGUUAAGAAAUUAUGGGUCUGAAGUCUGAAGAAUUUUGUUCCUCAUGUUUGUGAAUCUUUGUUCCCUUCUGUUGUAUGUUCUGUGAGAAGUUUUUAGCUGAUGCAUAUUGGCAGCUUUAAGUAGCUGCAGGUGCUUGUUAUGUGCUUGCUUUAAAAAAUUGAGAAAGAUUAGGUACCAAUUGGCAUCAUUCAGCUUUUCUUUAUUGCAGAUUAACAAAAUUUGGAUAACCAGUUUUGGUUUUAGGCAGGAAACAGAUAAUGAAGUGAAUAAGCCACAUUAGUAUAGGAACUGAAAAACACCCUCUGACUUUACUUCUUUCAUGUCAUGCGCUUCAGCUCUUAUGUGGCAGUAGUGCUCUGUCUCAUCAUUAUUUCUCACUCAUCACUCUUUAGCUUGUAUAUAAUGUGUGUCAGAAGACAGAUUGUCACCUAUUAGUCCCAUUAUCAAUGCCUUCAAAGAAAAGCAGAAUAUACUGCUUAGGUGUACAUUCGUAUCAAAAUGUGGAUUAAUUUCUGUGUUUAAUAAAAAAGAUUAAAUAAACUGGUUUAAUGUGGCCUAGCUGACCACUGUA